CAAAGGCGGUGUUUUUAGAAUGAAAGAUGGCAACUUUUUUGUGAUUAUGGGUCUCGUUGUAUUAUUACUACCCAUAUGACUUAUUUUGGACUAAUACAAAAGGAAAAAAAGUUUUAAGGCUUCCUCUCCGUGAAUGGAGCAUCAAUACAGAUCCUACAGUGUUGAAUCAACCAGUUUUCUGGAGGACUUGAAUGACCCAGCAUCCUGCUGCUAUACAGCCGCUCAUCCAAGUAUUCAAAACAAUUCCAACUUUACUGGCCAUUUUCAGCAACAAAUGCCUGCUUACUAUGGAUACGAGUCCAGGUUUAACGUUCCUCAACAACAACCAGUUCGUUAUGACCCUAGGAUGUAUACAAAUCCGCCUUUAGGUUAUUCUAAUCCAGGAUCUCAGUAUGAUUGUAGUAAUAGUCGUCAGCAGUUAGUUGCGCCUAGAUGUGGUACUUAUUAUGAAAGACCUGAACAUGGUUGGCGACAGAACUCUUCCUAUGUUUCACAAACUUACAAUGUACAGCCAGGUGAUCCACGUUUAGUAAGACUUCAUCCUCAUGUUAACGAUAUACAUCCUCAAAAUCAGUUUGCAUACCGUGCCCCCAAUGGUCAAAACCUGCCACCAAAGGCAGUAGGUGUCCCAACUUAUGUAAAUGGAAGUAAGGAUUCUGUCUUCCAGCAUUCCAACCAGACACAACCUAGCACCCAAUAUCAUGGUUUGCAAACAGAUCCAGGUUGUUCGUAUAUGCAUAAUGCUGAUUUUAAGUCAGUUCCAAAGGUAGCUAUGCAGAAAGAGGAGUCUAACAGGAUUUGUGACCGCUUGUCGCAGUUAUACCGCAUGUCUUCUACUUCUCCAUCUGUUCAACAAGAAAUCGCUUUUUUACAGGAGAAGUUGAGGAACUUGGAAUCAUCUGGUGUCGUUUCUGACAAAUCAUCCCUUCAACCAUUCUACGCACCUCAGAAUUGUAAUGAUAGGAUAGUCGAUAAUGCAUCACAUUCCUCUCAAAUGAGUUUUACUCAGACUUCCUCCAUGUACCCACCUCCAAGAUACCUUGCUGACCCCAAAUUAGCCUGUACAAACAACAGUAGUUCCAACCUCCGAUUGGGUUUUGGUCCAAAUGAUGCAAUAAAUAAUUCACUUGAGAGUAAUAAUUCUUCUGUCUGCGUUGUGACCUGCAUUUCAUCUGUCCCGACUACUGUCCCAAGUUCCUCGUACGCAUACGUUUCACCACAUUUAUCAAAUAGUGCUUCUGAUGUAAGUGAAAAUUUCCCUGUUUCGACACCAAGUGGGUAUCCGACUCCUCAGUGCCCACCAGCCAAUCAAACAGUUGCGUCAAACAGUAUCCCUUUCUGCUAUGGUGAAAGGACUAUGUCCACAGUGAACGAUGCGCCUACCGCACCCAACCAGUCUGGCAACAUUUCGGAUUCCAUCCAUAUCACAUCCUCAAACAACAAUAAUAGUGUGAAUUCAUGUAUAACUACGAGUUGUAUGUCUAGUUUUUAUCCGGGAACAAGUGUGUCUAAUGGUUUUUUGGAAAGCUCUGUGCAUCAGCAGGGACAGGACUCAGUUUCAUCACCAAGUGCAACAUUAGCUCAAAGUAACGUUACCGUUCCCAGUUCUUCGAAUCUACCAAGAAACCACCAGACUUUCGAAGAUUCACAGUUAAAGUCUGGAAACGUUCCUCGCGUGUCCACCUGUAUCAUCGGCAACUCUGAAGGUGAUAUCUCCAAAAUAAGGGUGUGUAGCACUCAAAGUACUGUGUUAGGAUCGGUGGAUACUCACUCGUUCCCACUAACUUUUGAAAAUGCUCAGCAGACUCCUCAUGGGUCUACAAUACAUUAUCGACAAGCAAACGAAAGUCAGCAGCUUGAAAGUGUUCCUGAUGCUUCUUACAGUGUGUUCCGUAAAAAUGUCUCGGAGUCGUCGUGUAGUGAUUCCUUACCAAUUACUCCUGUUAGUUUUUCUCAGUCGUAUCAAAAUUACGGACAGUAUGUUUCGCUGAGCCAAGAUUCUCGACCAAGUAUGAGUGUUACGAGCCAGUGGAAUCAACAUUAUCAAUCGUCACUGAACACAAAUCAGGGGAUCACAGGAGAAAUAAAUGGACAACAUUUACAAAACAUCGCUCCGGCACCCUCACAUUCGAUUGUGGCGUCUUGUGUACAGAUGCCUGGAACUCAAUGUAUUGAAAUGAGUAAAUUCAGUGGUUUGGAUGGUAGCGAUGUGUCCUACACGCCCAUACUGCCAAAGCCUACUGACUUACAGCCUGUGAAAAAAACCAGAGGUCGUAAACCCUUAAAUCGUGGGAACGAAACUGACAAACAGCGUCAACAAAAACAAAGAAAGGGACAUGAAGUCGAAGCCACCGCUAAGGAGGACCAAUCCGACAAUACACCAGAUAGAUCUGUUUUCGCAACUCCGACAGUGAAACGUCCACGGGGUCGUGCUCCGAAGAAGCCUAAGACCGACACUGAGACCAAUAUUAAUAUAGCUCCAGACCCAUUUGCAAUAGAGGGUGUGGACGGGACCUCUGACACAAAAACUGAUGAAUCUCCCGCUUCUGACGGUAGAAAGCGCCGAGCUUCAAUACGCCCUGUUGAAGUGAGAAAAAAACGGAAGUAUAGAAAGUCUUUAAAAUUCUCUUCUGACGUGGUGAACGAAUCUUCUAGCACAUUACAGUCUCCCGAAUUGACCUCUCCAGAUUCAACAAAUGCAACUGAAACAGUAACAAAGGUGAAAGUUGUGCGAGCUAGACCUCGUCCGAAGAAGCGACGGCCAUUGCCUACCCUAAUAAGACGGAAGAAACGCUCAGCGUUCUAUGGAGAUGAUUCCGGAUCUGAACCGGAGGUAUCCAGUCGUGCUGCAAGUCGAGUCUCAGAGGUUCGACUUCAAUCCGUGGGAGUUAAUGACGCGAAUAGUAAACGCCGUUCUGAACGACAUACUGGUGAUCGGAAGAGUUACACAGAUGAUUUGGAUCUUAAUCUCACUGAUGAUGAGACUGAUCGUCAAGACGGUGAAAUGAUCACGUUGAAUGAUUCCACUGUAAGUAAUUGCAAAGGACUUCUUAAGACUGAACAGUAUUAGAAUCGCGAAAUCAGAUCAUUAAAUAAAUAAAUAACAAAACUGGAACUAAGAGAUGAAGACGAUGAGUUAAGUCAAUGCAAAUCAGAAUUAUAUUAGAAACUGUAUUGUAGCACAAGUCCUAGGUGAAAUGCUAGUCAGUUAGUUUUGAUUAUCAUUGAAAUCCAUAUAAAACGUAUGGUUAAUAAAAACAUGGGGUAAAAUGAAAUUUAGGAAUUCCUUUUCUUUUUACUUAUGAUCAACAAAGGUAUAAGUUUUAAGGAGUGAGUAGUAGUCAGUGAUGUGAAACAGAGUAGGACUACUACAGAGAAACAAACAAAAGAUUGAGAUACACUACAGAUGUAAGUUCAAGGAGUAACAUAUAACAAUAAUUAGUAAUGAAAUGAAAGCGAUGAUACGGUGUAAACACAAAAGUAAUAUUAGUGAACGAUUAUCAAGUAAUGAAUAAUUUAAUAAACUGGAAGAAAAAAGAUUUUGUGAAUGCAAUAACAAAUGUGAGAAGUAUUACGUAAACCCAGGGUAACAGUAUGCUUUAAAUCCCUACCCCAUUGUUUCAUGGACGUAUAUGUCAUUUUAAAUCUCUUACGAUUUCAUAAGCCUCCUUAUUAUGCCUGGG